AUGGAUCCCUCUUCAUCUUCUCCGGCGAGCUCUUCUCACCCAAACCCUCAUCUCCUUCCACCUUCUUCCACUGAUCCCAACCCACUCAUUACUCCCCACUCUCUAGCCAGCUCUACUUCCCCUAAAACCGGUGAUAUCCUCAUCGGAAAGUACCAGAUCAGCCAUCUCCUCGGCCGCGGAAGCUUUGCCAAGGUCUACCAAGCUCAAGCCCUCUCCGACGGCUCCAAGGUCGCCAUCAAAGUCCUGGACAAAGCUAAGAUCAUCAGUGCUGGUCUCACCGAUCGGGUCAUCACCGAGGUCUCCGCCAUGCGCCGCCUUUCCCAUCCCAACAUCAUUCAUCUCCAUGAGCUCAUGGCCACCAGAUCCAAGAUCUAUCUCAUCAUGGAUCUUGCCCCCGGCGGGGAUCUCUUUUCCCAGAUCCUUCACCACCGCCGAUCCAAGCUCCCUGAAUCCACCGCCCGUCGCUAUUUCCAUCAACUCAUCUCGGCCCUCCUCUAUUGCCACACACGUGGCGUCUUCCACCGAGACAUCAAACCCCAUAACCUCCUCCUCGACGCCGACGACAACCUCAAAGUCGCCGACUUUGGUCUCUCGGCCAUCCCUGAAAGCCUCAAGAAUGGUCUCCUCCACACGGCCUGCGGUACUCCGGCGUUCACAGCACCAGAAAUCCUCCGCAGUGUCGGAUACGAUGGGUCCCAAACCGAUGCCUGGGCCUGCGGCGUCGUCCUCUACUUCCUCCUCACCGCUCGUCUCCCUUUCGAGGAAUACAACACUCAGCUCAUGUACAAGAAAAUGCUCGCCAGAUGCUACUCAUUCCCCUCAUCGUUCCCCCCGAUGGCGAGGCAGGUCAUCAAUGGAUUCCUUGAUCCAAACCCUGAGACAAGGCUCUCAAUCAAAGGUGUCAUUGAUACACCUUGGUUCAUGAAGAGGGCCUUCAGCUUUGAGUCUCAAGUUGGUUCCACAUCUUCAUCAUCAUUGCUGGAACUAAAAAGCUUUGAUUCAAUGAACGCAUUCGAUAUCAUCACUAGAUCGAAAUCUUUUAAUCUUUCCGGGUUGUUGGAGGAUGGGGAAAGGAAACGAGCGCAGAGGUUCAGUUCGAAUGAAACAGUGGAGGUGGUGUUUGAGAGAGUGAGAGAAGCUGGGGCAAAGCAAGGGUGUGUGCUGAUAGUGGAGAUCUUGGAGGUGGCUGAGAAGAUGCUAAUGGUGGAAGUGAAGGAAGAAGGAAGUGUCAAUGGAUAUGAGCUGAUCAGUUGGGAUAAGCUCAGGGAUGACCUUCAAGAUAUUCUCUUGGUCUGGGAAUGA